GGCUAGCCGUUCGCGUGCAGCCGUUCUAUCUCUCGCCAAACAUUUUCUCUUGGAAGGCACUCGUUUUCCUUUUGUCUCUUUGAGAAAAGUAUCUUCCUUGUAAGCCAUCCCGCAUCCGGGCAGUGUAAGUCAACCACUCCACUCCCGCGCGCUCCCCUCUCGCGGCUUCGGUUCUUCCGCCCGCCGCCGAUUGCUGCCGAGAUGAGGUCGCAGCUUGACGCCGCCGCCACUGCGUCUUCGCCGCCGGCGUCCGCUCUCCGCCCCUGUCCGCCUCGGGCCCUCCUUAGGGUUUGCGCGUUCCCCGGGCGGUUCCGCGUCAGGCGCAGUGACGGGAUCAGGGUUAGCUGCUCGGCUAGCCAUCUUCCCAGCGGCAUCAAACGAGGAGGAGCAAGAGUGUUCAAAUCGGCAAAGAGAACAUGCGGAAAGGAGACGGAGUCUAAUGUGAACACGCCAACCACGUCGGAGGCAGAAAAUCACCUACACUUUCCUGUUAAGGGAAACAACAUGGUGAAUAUAGUAAGCAUCACAUUCUGCCUUCUACAUAGAGUUGUUAUAGGCCAGAUGCAGUUAAUGAUGAAAUCAUUCCCCAGGAUAUCACAAAAUAUUACAAGUUUGCCAUUUGCUUGCAUAUCUGAUCCUAUUAGAACACCUGUGCCUCUUAAGCUAGAUGUGACUCUUCCACCACUGCCUGAUGUCAGAUGGAGUAUUUCACGCUUGUACUAUCUAUUCAAUACACAGCUUGACCGAAACAUUGCCUUGUCUAUUAUCACUUUGCUCGUCACAUGCUUUUCUAUUGUGUUCGUUGGAGGAUUGCUAUUUCAUAAGUUCAGGAAGAAAGAACAGCCUCUGGAGGACUGCUUAUGGGAAGCUUGGGCAUGUCUAUGUUCAUCAUCUACUCAUUUGAAACAAAGGACACGUAUUGAGCGUCUUAUUGGGUUCUUUCUUGCUAUCUGGGGUAUAUUGUUCUAUUCUCGUUUGUUAAGCGCGAUGACAGAACAAUUUAGAACCCAAAUGCAUAAGGUAAGGGAAGGAGCCCAGUUGCAGGUCCUUGAGGAGGAUCAUAUCGUUAUCUGUGGAGUCAAUAGUCAUCUGACGUCCAUAUUGAAUCAGUUGAAUAAGUUUCAGGAAUCAGCAAUUCGCCUAGGUACUGCUACAGCAAGGAAGCAGAGAAUUCUCCUUCUCUCGGAACUUCCCAGAAAGCAUAUUGAGAAGCUUGGAGAUACCAUAUCUAAAGAUUUAAAUCAUGUUGAUGUAUUCACCAAGAGUUGUAGCCUUAGCUUGACAAAAUCAUUCGAGAGAGCAGCAGCAAACAAAGCAAAGUCUAUAAUCAUCUUACCAUCAAAAAAUGAACGAUAUGAAGUGGAUACAGAUGCAUUUCUUUCUCUGUUGGCUCUCCAGUCUCUUCCACGAAUUGCAUUGGUUCCUACCAUUGUUGAGGCUUCUAACUCGACUACCAUCGAACUUCUGAAAUCAAUCACAGGCUUAAAUGUGCAACCGGUGGAGAUGGUUGCCUCUAAGUUGUUUGUGCAGUGCUCUAGGCAAAGGGGCCUUCUUAAAAUCUACAGACACUUGCUUAAUUCUCGCAAGAAUGUUUUCAACAUUUUCAGCAUUCCUGAAGUAGGAGGCAUGAAGUUUAAGGACGUGAGACUUAAAGUCCAAGAUGCAGUCGUUUGUGGUAUUUUUCGGUCUGGUGGGAUUCACUUCCACCCAGGUGACGAUGAAGUAUUGAAAGAAACAGAUAAAUUGCUUCUUAUUUCUCCUGUCUGCGGGAGGAUAAAAUCACAGUAUUCAGUUUUAAAUAUAUCUGAACGAACAGAUAAUUCAGUUAAUUACUCAGAACCAAAAGAGGGUCAAAGAUCUUCUAGUGUGGUUACUGAGCUGAAGGAAACGCGGCUAAAGAACAUUGUAGAGCGGCCGUCAAAAUCACUCUCUAAGAGCAGCGAAUGUACACUGGGACCAAGGGAAUGCAUACUUAUUGUUGGUUGGAGGCCAAAAAUUACCGAUAUGAUUCGAGAAUAUGAUAAUUACCUUGGACCUGGUAGUGUAUUGGAAAUAUUGUCAGAAACCCCUAUUACAGAGAGGACGAGUGUUGUCAACCCCCUUAUGCAGAGCCAACUUAAAAAUAUUAAAGUUACUCAUAAGGUGGGAUGUCCUAUGAACUAUGAUACUUUGAAGGAAGCGAUUAUUAACAUUAGGAAAUCUGCCAAGUGUGACAAAAAUGUUCCUCUUUCAGUCGUGGUGAUAUCUGAUAGAGACUGGCUCAUUGGAGAUACUGUACAGGCUGAUAAGCAAUUGGCAUAUACCCUUCUCCUUGCUGAAAAUAUUUGCCAGAAAAAUGACAUUAAGGUUCAGCAUCUUGUAUCAGAAAUUGUAGACACGGGGCUGGGAAAGCAAAUAACUAGAAUAAGACCCUCCCUUUCAUUUAUUGGAGCAGAGGAAGUUAUGAGUCUUGUGACGGCACAAGUUGCGGAAUGUAGUGAGCUGAAUGAAGUAUGGAAGGAUAUUCUGGAUGCUGAAGGAGAUGAGAUUUAUAUUAAGGAAGUAGGACUGUACAUGAAGGAAGGAGAGAAAAUAUCAUUCACUGAGCUGUCUGAAAGGGCAGUUUUGCGUCGUGAAGUUGCCAUUGGUUAUGUUAAGGACCAGAAGCAGCAUAUAAAUCCUACGAACAAGUUGCAGCCACUUUCUCUUGAGAUGACAGAUUCACUCAUCGUGAUAUCAGAGUUUGAAGGUGAACAACCAAUUGUGAGGGGCAGCAAAACUUCGGCAUGACAUUUUCAGCUUGCCAUUCUUCUGAAAUUUUGACAGUUUUUGCUACCCAAGGAGAUGAAAUAUAGCCUGUUACUUAUCUGUUCAAAGAGAUAAAAAAUGUCAUUUGAUCAAAUAUAACUUGUCUCCAUAGCUAUAGAAAUUUUGUGGCCACUUAUAUUAUUGUAAAUGACAAUAGUUAUAUUAGAUUACCCAAUGGCAUGUUUGGUAGGCUGCAUGUGGGCCAUGCAUGCUCUGGGGAGCCCAAUUUGGCCUGUUUGGAUGUCUACUUUUACUGUGUGGCCUGCAUGGCAUAAUGUUUAAGGCUGGUCACGAUG